UUUUCUCAAAGUCAUUCAUACUUCUAUAAGCAUACUAUGUUUUUUCUUCCCCAGUUUUCCCCCUUUUCUCUCUCCCCUGUUCAUAUUCUCUGCAAUCGAUCGUAGUCGCCAAGCUAAUCAUCGGUAAAUUACUUCACUAGUUUUAUCUUUUUUGUUGAUUUACUCUAGAAUCUAUGUUGUUUCUGUAGAAUAUCUCUUAAUUUUCCAGAAAUUAGGGCUUUAGAUCUGGAAAUAGUUUAAAAGUUAGGGUUUAAUUGGUUGUUGGGGACUGCUGCUUUGUAUUGUUGAUGUUGGGGGUAAUAUAAGAUUUACAAUGAAGAGGUUGAGAUCGUACGGUGAUGAUUUGGUGUCUGUUGGGGAGAAGGAUAUGGAAAGGACGACGUCGUUUUCGUCAUCACAUCAUCGGAGAUUUUACUCAAAAGGGCCGGAGAAUGGACGGAUUAGACCUUCUCCGGUGAUGGAUGAUGAUCGAGAUCGAGAGGGUUCGUCUUCUAGGGGUUUGAGCUUGAGGAAGAGAGUAGACCAUGACUUAGAUGGUUUUGAUGAGAGGGAAGGUUCUAGAGGGUUCAGGAAGAGAGGGGAUCAUGAAUUUAGUGAUGGUUUUGAGGAUAGGGAAGGUUUCAGAGGUGUAAGGAAGAGAAUGGAGUAUGAGAAUGAUGGGUUUGAGAGGCGAAAGGGGGGGUUUGAUCGGUAUAAUAGAGAUGUGAUGGUUGGGGGUUCGUCGAUGGUGUCUCCACGGGGAGGUGGGUAUGUGGGGGAGAGAGAAAGGGAUAGAGAGAGAGACCGGGAGAGGGAUAGGGAUAGGGAUAGGGAGAGGGAGAGAGAGAGGGAGAGGGAGAGGAUGCAUCGGUCAGAAAGUUUUUCUAUGUCGAGGAGGGAUUUUCCUAAAGGGUUUAGGUCAGAGAGGCAUUGGUCAAGAAGGGAGGAUGGGGUUUCGUCAUCUUGGAGGAGGUUUGACAGUAGGGGAAAAAAGGAUGUUGAUGAGGAUGUGAAGAGUUCGCCCCUUGAGAAGGGCGGUGGGAGUAGUAGUAGUAAAGGUGGGGGGAUGGAUAGUGGUGGUGUUAGCAGUAGUAAAGAGAGUUUGAGAUCUCCUAAAGGGAUUAAAGAUGUGAAAUCACCAACAUGGUCGAAGGAUUCGACUAGGGAUUCAAAGGAUUCUGUUGCUGAACCUUCCAAAGACACAAGGAAAAGCAGGAGUAUGGUGGUGGACAGUGGUGGGAUUGUUAAUGGUGUUGGAAGUGGAAGUGAGAUGGAGGAAGGAGAGCUUCAGCCGGAAUUGAAUCAGAUUCAAGUGACGGAUAAUCGGUUUUCUUCUGAGCAGAAUGCUAAAAGUGCUGAACAAAAUGCUGAGAGUUCUCAACCAGAAAGGGAUAUUAAGAAGAAGGCAUGUGAGGUUAAUGGUAGUCAAAUAGGUGAGUCAGGGAUGGCCAAUGCAGCUGCUACAGACAGAAAUUUGGCUCUGGAAGAUGAGAAAGUGUCGCAUGAAGUUGUUACUGCAGAUGAGAAGCAGGUCACUGAGGUUGAAAUAGCAGUAAAUGAGGUUGUAAAAGAGGCAAAAAAGUCUUCAGCUAACCAGAAUGAUUUUGCUAAAAAGGUUUCUGUUUCUGAAGAAACCAAACCAUCCUUGCUUAAAGGUACUGAAACCGCAUCUGUUGCUAAUGAAGACGAGAGGUCGAGAGAAAACCUAUCCAAAUCUUCUGCCCUUACAAAUAUCAGUUCUGAAGGUCAGGUGAAAGUGGAAGAGGGUGAUUCAACAGGCAUGGACAAGUCAUCACCAGAGAAAGAAAGGUCAACAGAUAAUUUUAAGCUUGAAGUUGGCUUAGGUGAGUCAAAUAAAGCAAUUGUAGAUGUUCAUAAAGAACCUGAAUGUGUCCCUUUUCUGAAAGACAAAGGCAAAGGUGUGGUUGUAUGUACAUCAGGUGAGGCUAGUCCUACAGAAAACAGAUUGUUGGUCGAAAGAAACUUCAUUUCCUGCCAGGGUGAUGCUAUGGAAGGUCCAAGUGUUCGUGGCUUUGAGCUAUUUUCUAGCUCUGCUGGACUUAAAGUGGAGUGUGCCAACAGGAGUAGUGGUUCUAAAGCAGAUUCCGAGAAGCUAAAGUUGGAGCCUUUAGAUCUUUCUCUCAGCCUUCCUAAUGUUUCAGUACCUACUGUUUCAGUCCCUGCUGCUUCUCACAGUGCUGCUGCACCUCCAGGUUCACCUUCGCGUGCAAGGAGUGUUCAGUCAUUUGGUACAACCCUCAGAACAGGUUCUGAUUGUUUCACGACAUCAAUUUCGUUUUCUGGGUCACAAUUCAUUCAUAAUCCGAGCUGUUCACUUACUCAUAAUUCAGUUGAUUAUGACUUUGAGCAAUCUGUCAAAAGCCGGCCUUUAUUUCAAGGUGUUGAUUGGCAGGCAUUAAGUGGUGUUGAUACUCUUCCAAAGGAAAUCCUUGCAAACUCUAAAUUAGCUUCAAAUGGUAAUGGUAAUGGGUCUUUACAUUUUUCUCAAUCAUCUCAAGGCAUUUUGAAUGGUCGAGCUUUACAACAAGCAGGUGUUGCUGGGGUAGAUCGGUCUGGCAGUCUCCAGAAACAGCCCUCAGGAACGACACGAUAUCAAGAGGAUUUCAGGUCUCCUGCCCAGAGUGCUGGAUCUCAUGGUAAUAGAUCAGAACAUGGUAAAGAUAAGAAGAGAGUGACUGGAGAAGAUAGUGUCAGCAGACUCAUCAGGAGCAGUAGUCAGAGAGAGAUGGAACAGGGUCCUUCUGCUGAAAGAGAUCUCGUGGAGCGACUAAUUUUUCUAAUUGCUUCUGAACCAAUCCAAACCAUGGCCUGGAAAGUUAAUGAAAUGCCGGAGCGUUCAAUUGCUUUUUUGAAGGAUACUGUUUGUGAAUUUGUAAUGAAGGAAGAAAAUCAUCGAAAGCUUUGUACCCUUCAAGAUAUACUGCGAAAAAGGUCGGAUCUCAAUCUGGAGACUCUUUUAAAGUCACACCGUGUUCAAUUGCAGAUAAUGGUGACCCUGAAGUUUAGUCUUCCUGACUUUGUUCAGCGUGCUGAUAGUAUUUCGUCUAGCGAUCUGGUAGAGAUAUACCUGAAUCUAAAGUGCAGAAAUAUCAACUGUCGAAGUGCUUUGCCAGUGGAUGAAUGUGAAUGUAAGUUUUGCUCCCAGAAAGAUGGUUUCUGCAGUUCUUGUAUGUGUCUGGUUUGUUCAAAGUUCGACACAGCCUCUAACACAUGUGGUUGGGUUGGAUGUGAUGUUUGCGACCAUUGGUGCCAUACUGACUGUGGUUUGCUCAAGUCCUAUAUUAGAAACGGUCGAAGUGCUGCAGGGUCCCAAGGGAUAUCUGAAAUGCAAUUUUACUGUCUUGCUUGUGAUCAUCCUUCUGAAAUGUUUGGCUUCGUCAAGGAUGUUUUCAAAACUUGUGCUCCCGAUUGGAAAUCCGAGACAUUCCUCAAGGAACUUGAGUAUGUUAGAAGGAUAUUCAGUGGUAGCAAUGACUACCGAGGAAAGGUAUUGCAUGAUGCUGCUAAGCAGCUGAUCAGUAGAUUGCAAAGUGGGGUUAAUCCUGUAGAAGUUUGUAAUCAAAUUAUGGCGUUUUUAAAUGAGGGUGAUAACAAGUCUGCCAAUACGAUAGGAUCUUCCGGAAGGGAACAACUCCAGCCUCAACCUUUUGAGAAUCACCGAGGUAAUGUCAAAGAUGUUCCUGCACUCGGUCAAGAACCAAUGUGGUCAAAACCAAAUUCUUCAAAGGAACUCCCUCAUAUGGAAAAUAUUGGGGCUACCAUUCCAAGCAUUGAGGGAAGUGCAGUAGGUGGUAGUCUGUGGAGUACUGAGACUUUGACGGGCAAGAGUAAUGCCUCUGGAGAUGGACUAGACAGUAUCGUAAAGAUUAAACUGGCAGAAGCGCAGUUAUUUCAAAAACGGGCUGAUGCUGCUCGUAAGGAGGCCGAAGGCCUUCAGCGGAUAGCAAAUGCCAAGAAUGAGAAGGUUGAAGAAGAGUAUGCGAGUAGGAUAUCGAAAUUGCGUCUCUCAGAAGUGGAAGAGAGGCGCAGACUGAAGCACGAAGAGUUGCAAAUGUUGGAAAGAAGUCAUCGUGAGUAUUUCAAUAUGAAAACUCGAAUGGAAACCGACAUCAAGGAUUUAUUGCUAAAAAUGGAAGCAACAAGACGGAAUCUCAGUACCUAAUCUGGCUUCUCAAGACGAUGAUGCUAUGUAGAUCGUCAAGGUAUUCAUAAAACUACAAGCCCUGUUAUGGCGAGCCGGUGGUAUAGAGGUGUAUGUAUUUUUCAAGUGCUUCACUGAUCUCGGUUAACUAAAUAUUUUUAGGUGAGAUCUAUGAAAGCUCUAUAUCUUCUGUACUGUCCAUUUGUAAUUUAAGGUUUUUAAAAGAUUCAGGAUCCCAAUCCAUCUGGUUGAUUUUUCCUGUUUCUUUUUCACCUGUAUUAGUAGUUUAACUGACUGAAGCUUGUACAGAUAGCUGUUAGCUUCAUCCCUUGUUACAAACAUUUGGAAUAUAUUGCUUUUCAGGGAAGGCUUUUCCAAUUUA